AUGUUUAAGCUGUUGAUCGCCGCCUGUUUCCUGGCCGUCGCCGCUGCUAAGCCCAGUGUACUAGCCCCCGUCGCCGCCGCGUACACUGCAUUCCCCGGCCCUGUCGCUGCUGCGUACUCUGCGCCUGUAGCACCCGCCUACACUGCUGCAGCGUUCACUGCCCCGGCCUACACUGCUGCAGCCUACACUGCGCCCGUUGCAGGCUACUCUCCUUUAGCGUACUCCGCGUACAGUAAUGCGUACACCGCUCCUCUUUCGGCGUACUCGGCUUACGGUUAUGCCGCCCCUUACUCGUAUUACCUCCGCCGUUGAUGCCUACCAUUUAAUUUAAAUAAGUGUGAUAAUGAACAGUCAAACA